ACCCACCAUCACCCGCUUCCAUUGAUUUGACCCACCAAAGCUGCGACCAAAGCGUACCCCAAAUCGCUCCCUCCCACCACUACCACCACCACCACCAUCGUCGUCGCCAUGGAUCGCCACCACCGCACAUGGCCCUCCCCCUCCUCCGCCCCCCACUUCGCCUCCCUCCACCCUCGCCGCCCCCAACACCACCACAAGAGGCGUAAACCCACCACCCUCCUCGAUCCCAAACCCUCUCCUCCUCCUCCCCCUCCCCCUGCAUCGUCGUCGUCGUCGUCCUCCAACUUCGGAGACCUCCCCUUCGACCUCCUCGCGCGCGUCGCCGCCGCGCUCGACGCCCGCGACCUCCGCGCCGCGAGCAUGGUGUGCCGCGCGUGGGGCCGCGCGCUGCGGCCGCUGCGCGAGGCUGUGGUGCUCCUCCGACGGGGCAAGCGCUUCAAGCAGGCCGCCGCCAUGGUCGACGUGGGGCUGAUGUAUUGGGAGAUGGGGAACCGGGACGAGGCGAGGGAGAUGUAUAGGAAGGCCUCGGAGCUAGGGCAUCCCGUGGGGCAGUGCAAUCUCGGGCUUUCUUACUUGGAAGCUGAUAUGCUGAAGCUGGAGGAAGCAGUCGAAUGGUUUUAUCAAGCAGCUAAAUCAGGAAAUGCGCGUGCUCAAUAUAACUUGGCACUCUGUCUGCACAAGGGUCGUGGAGUCAAGUGCAAUAUGAAAGAAGCUGCAAAAUGGUACUUGCAAGCUGCAGAGGGAGGGAAUGUCCGUGGAAUGUAUAACACUGCCUUGUGUUAUUCCUCAGGUGAAGGAUUCCCGCAAAACUCUAAAUCUGCAAAGACUUGGAUGAAGCUUGCGGCGGACUGCGGCCACCGGAAAGCUCUAUAUGAGCGCGGCAUCGAGCUAUUCUCGUCGAAGGAUUGGACGAGGGCUCUCGUGUACCUGGAACUGGCUACGCGAGCAGGAGAAACCGCUGCUUCACAUACGAGGGAUGUGAUUGUUGAAUCACUCCCACCGGAGAGACGAGAGGAGGCCCUGCAAUUGGUCGACAAAUGGAAGCCACUGCAGUUUCAUCGCCGAGUUCAUAAAACUAAUUGUUGACUAACUUCCUGGAAAAAAUCACGGAUAGUUACAAUUUUCUGGGCGCGCCUUUUCACACUGUAAAUAAGCUGUAUAAUUGAUGCCCUACAACCGAUGUAAUUAACCCUUUUUUUUUUAUGUGGAGACUUGUUAUCCCAAGCAUUAAGCAAGCAUUGUAGAAGCUUCUUAAAGUAUCAUGGUGGUAUGUUGGGAAGUUGUGGGGAUUAACUUGAUGUAAUUUUUAUGUCCAGGAACAGGGCUUCUUUGAGAAUACUCAAAUAUUUAAUCUUCUCAAUUUUCAAAUUAGAGUUAUUUUCGUUUGGUUGGAUAGUGGAUA